AGUAGUUUUAUUUAUUUACUUGAUAAAUUUUUCUGAUUUUUAACUUUUUUAAAAAUUUUAUCUUUUAAUUAUAUGAGAGUUAACAUUAAACUAUCAGGCUGCGUAGUCAGUGGCAAAUCUACAUAGAGUCUAAUAGGACUCCAGUCCUAGGCCUCCAGGUACAAAUAAAAUGAAAUUGUUAUCAUAAAUUUUAAUACGUUUUUAUUAAUAUUUCAUAAAUAAAUAUAUCUCAACUCUGGUGUUUAUGUUAUUAAAGAUGAAUUUUAAACCCCAGUUAAAAAAUUCUUGACUGUUAACCGUAUAAUAGAUAUUAUAUCUGCAAGUAUCACAAGUGCUGUUGACGCGUUAUCACUGGAAUCUCUUCCGUUAACCUUGAAAGUACAUCCCCUUGUUUACUGUUACAACGGGAACAAUAAUCACGACUUUACUCGUCUUUGCUCUAAAUUUUGAAUGACCAUUUAUUAAUUAACUAUAAUUAAUUCUCAUAUUGAAUACAGAUUGUUGGCAUUCGAGAAUAUCGUAAAUGGAGAAAAUGAAGAUAAAAGAAGAGUUAGAAACGAAUUAUUCGGACUUUACAAUUGAACGAAACGAAGAAAAAUUUGAAGUUGAUUUAAAAAAUUUCAAGAAAGAAUUUAACACAGAUGUGAAGUGUUAUAAAACAAUUAAAUCGGAACCUUUAGAGAUAAAUAGCAAAGAUAAACCAAUUUACACAAACGGAUCCACUAUUUGGAGUCAUUCUGGUUAUAAAAUCGAAAGAGAUAUCAAGAAAGAAGAAGUAAAAGAGAAUUAUGAUGUAAAACAUAUUAUAAAAUCAGAAUGUAAAGUUGUUUUGAAAAAAUUGAAGAUUGAAGUAAAGACUGAAGAUUGUAAAGAUGUUCAUGUUCCAGAUGAUAAUGAAGAGCCUGUCAACAAUGAAUACUUCACUCCGGAAAAAAACUCUAUCAGGAAUGAAAUAAACAUCCAAAUUGAGGAGGAAGAGCAGAUUCAAGAAUACGAUAUUCAGCACAAUUCAAGAAAACAAAAGCGUUUUAAAUAUAAUAGCAAAACAAAGAUAUACGUUCCUUCCAGAGGAAAAUGCAAUAAAAUUUAUGAUAAGAUUAAAAGGAAAUACUUCAAGGUUAUGUUUGCAUCUCAUUCUAAACAAGAAUUUACGUGUGAUUUAUGUAAACAGACUUUUACAAAUAAGAGAAUAUUACAAACACAUCUGUUCUGUCAUAUUGGGAAAAAACUAUUUCGCUGCACAUCCUGCAAUAAGAAGUUUUUGUGGCAAUUUCUUUUGCGAAGACACACGAAAGAACACAAAACUGAAAAUGAAAACGGAAACUCUCAUAGGAAUUUACGUAUGCAGCCAUCUGAAGAUCGAAUGAAGCCAUCUCCAACAGAUGGUAAAAAAUCUAAUAUUAAGCUGAAAAACGUGUUUUGUGACAUUUGUGGUAAGCGCGUUCGAUAUGGUAAAGGCCGUUUAGAAAGACACAAAAGAAUACACAGAGUUCAUGCCUGCAAUAUAUGUGGAAAAAAAUUUAGAUUGAACUGUUUAUUGUUGCAACAUGAACGAACACAUAGUGAAGAACGACCUUUCAAAUGCGAUAUUUGCAAUAAAAGUUUUAAACUCAAAGGUUAUUUAAAAAAUCAUCAGAAAACUCAUAACGAUGAACGUAAUUAUACUUGUCAGAUGUGUAUCAAAAGUUUUAAAACAAAAAAACAUUUGCAAGCUCAUAAAAUAGUUCAUAGCAAUCAAUUUAACCAUACUUGUCAGGUAUGUAACAAAAGUUUUAAACUCCGUUUUAAUUUAAAACAGCAUACUCGUAUACACAGCAACGAAUACAAAUAUUCUUGUGAUAUAUGUAACAAAUAUUUUAAAAAGAAACAGUAUUUGACAAAGCAUAAACUUAUUCAUAGUAAAUAUUCUAAUAUAAAGCGGGAGUAUUGCGACAUUUGUGGUAAGCGCGUUCCAUAUGGUAAGGGCCGUUUAGAAAUACACAAGAGAAUACACAAAGUACAGGUAUAUGCCUGUAAGAUAUGUGGAAAAGAAUUUAAGAGGAAAGGUGGGUUAUUGCAGCAUGAAGCAACGCAUAGUGAAGACCGUCCUUUCAAAUGUGAUAUUUGCAAUAAGAGUUAUAAACAGAAAGACAGUUUAAAAAUACAUCUCAUAACUCACAGUGACGAACGUAACUAUUCUUGUCAGGUAUGUAACAAAUAUUUUAAAACAAAAAAAUGUAUGAUAGCUCAUAAAAUAGUCCAUAGCAAUCAAUAUAACUAUACUUGUCAUGUAUGUAACAAAAGUUUUAAACGCAGUGCUACUUUAAAACAGCAUAUUGAUAUACACAGCAACGAAUACAAAUAUUCUUGUGAUAUAUGUAACAAAUGCUUUAAAAUAAAAAGCCGUUUGGCACGUCAUAAAUUACUUCAUAGUAAUCAAUUUGACCAUACUUGUCAGGUAUGUAAUAAAAGUUUUAAAUGCAGUUCUAGUUUAAAAACGCAUAUUCGUACAUACAGCAAUAAGUGCAAAUGUUUUUGUCGUAUAUGUAAGAAAUAUUUUAAGACAAAACAUUCUUUGAAACAGCACAACAUUAUUAUUCAUAGCGAUAGAAAAAAGUAUGUUUGUGACAUAUGUAAAAAAGUUUACUCCAGUACAGCUGCCUUAACCACACAUCUUCGUAUUAAACAUGAAAAUAGGUGAUUUUACUCGUGAAAAAUUACCUAUAAUAUUUGAAAAUUGAAGAAUAUCCUGAGUUAACAUUGAACAAUGAACAUAUGUAUUUUUGCUAUAUCUGUUGGAAUCUAUUUAAGACUGAAUCCACGCUAAAAGAAGAUUGGAAAAUUCACAUUGAAAAAUGUAAUAUUUGUAAUAAAGAAUUUAAAAGUAAAACCACUUUAAUUAAUCAUCAGAAAAUUGAUUAAGACAUAAAACCGUUUCGUUGUGAGAAUUUCAAUAGACAUUUUACCGACAAACAUGUAUUAAAAUUUCACAAAGAAAACAAUCUUCGUUACGUUCGUGAAGUAUGUAACAAAGAAUGUUAUUUUAUAAGUCGUUUAUUGAGCCAUCAACUCGUUCAUCAGAAUUAAGCAUAUUUUUGGAGAAAUUGUAAAAGCAGAUUAAAAACAGAAACUAAACUGAAAUUACAUUAAUAGAUGUACUAGAAGAUAUAGAACAAUACGGACUUCUCCUUACUUUUAUUAUUAAUUUUAAGUAUAACGUGUAUUAAACAUACUUAAUAUAAUGAUCUCAAAGUCUUUAGUAUAAAGGGAAAUAAAUGUAAUGUGUGUGUAAUCUUUGAAGAAAGAUGUCAAGACUGUAAUUAAGUAUUUCUGGCAAAUAAUAAAUAAUUUGUGGAAAUUUACUCAGGAUAAAAAAAUUUUGUUUAAUGUUAAUCUAAUGUAUAAUUAAUGUAUUAAUAGUAAUAAAAUAUUUUAAUAAG